GAAACGUUUAACUUUUAACUUAAAGUGAGUUCACAAGAUUAAAGUUUCUACUUCUGUAUACUGCGUAGUUUGUGUUGUAUAACACAUUCUCCUCGUCAUUUUGAUUCAGACCAGAGACGAGUAGGGAAGAAAGAAUAAAAGAAAGAACAAAAGAAAGAAAGAAAAGACAGAAGAUAUGCACAUUCAGCUGUACAUGUGUAAUGUUGUUAUUGUAGUAUUAAAAAUAAUGGAGGCUCAGUAUCCCAUGAUGUUGCAGUAUCCUCACAUGAGCCUGUAAGUGGCAGCACCGCGACCAGAAGACCUGGAAAAUGGCGGCUGGAAGUGCAGGCGUUAGCGGCCACAAGAGUGGCUCUUCGCCGCGCUUGGAGUCAACUUUGGACCGUCGCUUUCAGACUGUAUCCAACACCAUGGAAUCCAUUCAGGGACUGUCCACCUGGUGCAUCGAGAACAAGAAAUUUCACAGCGUGAUCGUGCGGUACUGGAUGAAGUGGAUGCGCAAGUCGGAUGCAUCACACAGGCUUAACCUCUUCUACCUGGCGAAUGAUGUCAUUCAGAACUGUAAAAGGAAAAACGCCAUAGUGUACCGCACCACCUUCACUGAUGUGCUGCCAGAAGCUAUGAAGCUCAUCAGUGCCACGAAGGAUUCUAAGGUGAACAAGGCAGUGGCGAGGAUACUGUCAAUUUGGGAAGAGAGAAGUGUCUAUUCAGGCGAAUUCAUCAGUCAGCUGAGGAAUGGUUUGGUUCAGAAAAAAGAAGAACCAGUGAAAGCUCCAGUCAACUCCAACUCCAACUCCAAUUCUAAUUCUAAAUCUGCCCUGAAAUCCAAGAUUGUUGCGGAGUUUGUGCCCUCAGCGUUUAUCGAGCAUCUGUCCAAGUACAGAAAGUCCAUGGAUGAGAUUGAGCUCAAAGAGAAACAGUUAGCUGCAAUGAGAGUGGAUGUGUGCAGCACAGAGGCUCUAAAGAAACUGAAAGAUAAGGCAGGAGGUAAAAGGUUUUCUAAAGACUUUGAGGAUGGGAGUGCAAAGCUUCAGGAGUUUGUUUCCUUUCUGGAUGGAGAGGUCAAAAAAGGCCCUCCAUUGAUGGAAGCUCUGGAAAAUGCAGACAUAUUCUAUGAGAUGCAAUAUAAAGAGGUCAAGAUUGUGGCUAAAGCCUACGAGACAUUUGCAAAUCGGGUGUUGCACCUUAAGCGCAAGCUCGAUGCACUGAAGACUAUGUUGCCUGAUCCAGACGACUCCCCCAUCCCCUCCCCAAUUGAAGAUGCUCCCUCACCUUCGGGCUCCGAGUCACCCUUUCACGCUCUGGAAAGGAUCGGUACCCCAGACCCGGAGCUGGAUGGCCAGGCGAUGGAGGAGGACCUCAUUGCUUUGGCUGAUGCUCCCAGCCCUCUCUCAUCUGUCGGGGGUUCCUCACCACCACCAAGUGCCCCUUUGGGAGACAAAGACAAUCGGGACGUAGAGGACAUGGACCUCUCGGAUGUAGAGGAGACAGAAACACCUGCCAUCAUAGUUGAGGAGCAUGUGGCCUCUGCUGUUGUGUCCAGACAGCCCUCUGUCACUCCAGCUGUGAUUGAAUCCUUACCAACAAAUGAAGACACACAAACAAAGCAGAUCGCAAGCCCAGCAGUGACGGUUCCCUCAGCAGUAACAGCAACGACAACGACCACCACCACACCAACCACACCGUCACUGCCAGUGAACCUUGCUGGAGUUGACCUAGGGAAGAUCAGCUCCAUCCUCAGCACAAUUACAAAUGUUAUGAAGAACUCAGCUGUAGGAGUUAGUCCUGUAUCUCGGUCUUCCCCAAGUGUACCUUCUACUACAAGCUCAACUCAAAAGACUCCCACUCCCACUACUGCCCCUCCAGCCAACCCACUGGCCAGCAUCCUUUCUAGGGUGGACAUCAACCCCAACACUUUGCUCAGUGCUCUGUCCAAAACACAAACCCAAGGGGGUUUUCAGGGUCUGUCUUCUUUGCUAAACAGCCCGGCUCCAAAGACCACCGCAUCUUCAAAUUCUGAAAAGCAAUCCCUGACACCUCUUACACCAGAGACUCACAUGUCUCCUAAAGUCUUACCACCUCCAUCUAGCCUCCCACUGGCUAGGGAUCCCGCCUCUCAAGAACAUGUAGCUCCUAUGCAGUCUAAUAUGACGAAUGAGAAAGUAACUCCUGGCUCUUCUCUCAACUCUACCUUGGACUCCAAGAUUGACAACUUCCUCCAAGGUAACCCAGCACUGAAAGGCUUUAAUUUGGGCUUUCCAUCUGUUCUGUCAUGGCCUAAAGGAACCGUCGAUAGCCCUUCAGCAAGUACAGAAAACCUUGGUGGAACCCCUGUAAGGGAUGAAGCUGGUGCAACACCAACGCAAGACGAAAUUAUGGAUGAUCCCCAAUCAGAGCUGUUCCAGUAUCAGCAAGGGCAAACGGUGUCUAUGUCCACAGCUUUGGAUGCAUCAACGCAUCUGCUUCCAUGGCAGAAACAAAAUGCUCACGCCGAUCCACAAGCUCAUACAGACAUGCACUUAAAGAAUGCACCAAAAAAGAACUCUGUGCCCUCUCUUGCCGAAGUAGAAGCUAACCGGCAUCAACACAUCGAAGCAGUGCGUUCCUCUUCUUUGUCCAGCAACCAGCCUUUGAGAGACAAUGUAGAAGCCACCGAGAGAUCUGGUGUGAUGCUUCAAGAGCAAAGACAAAACCCCCUGAUUCGUGAUGUAGGACCAAAUCCUAGCUAUGCAUAUAGAAAUGAUCAAGAUACGCAAGUAUCGGCCAAGUCUGACGCAUACGGUGCAGAGCCAUACCUUGCCAAAGAACCAAGACAGGAUCUCGCUGGGCCUAACUUCUUCACCACACCUCUGCCACCAAUCCCAAAGCUUCCUCCUCCACCACAAGACUUCAUGCAUCCAGGAUCUUCUUCAAGAGCAAGUGGUCCUCGUGCCACCAGAGAUUUGCAGGAACCUUUCGGGGAAGCAGAACGAGAUGGCUCGUAUGUCCCGGCAAACUCUGAUUAUGAACACUUGCCCCAUGAGGUUCCAAACAAGGAGCCUUUCCAUCCACAUGGGGAUGGGGCCUCUCACUCUGCUCAUGCACCGCACCUUGCUCCUAAAGUCCCACCGAAUGGUCCAAUGGACUAUAACCACCAACAUCCACCAAGAGUACCUCUGCAGCACCCUCCAAGUAUACCCCAUCACCGCAUUGGGUCUCCUCCUCCAGGAAGGGGCUACCAUGAAGCCUCGAGUCCUCCUCGACCUGUGCCUGAAGAGCCGUACUUUGACCCAUACUACGAGCAUCCACCACGGAGCCCCUCUCCACCUCAUUAUGACAUGCACCCGAUUUCACCUCAUGCACAAGAGUUUUAUCCCGAAGAAAUCCCACCUCACUUCCCAGAGCGCAGAGUUCGUCCUCACCUGGAGCACAGGCCUCCACCACCACACCAUGUUCGUCCACCUCACCCUGGGCACUAUCCAGGUCCAAGACCCCUCCGUAGGCCACCACCAGUUCAUCACGAGCCGCCCUUUCCAAGAGGCCCUAAGCGACCUGGCCCACCUUUUGGCGGACCUCCCAGAGUCAGGGGCCCCUUUUAUCCUCCUAAAAGACCUUUCUUGCCUCCACAUUACUGAAGUGUCUCUUGUGAUUCUAAGGCUCAGGUGUUUAGUGCAUGUCGCAGUGAGCAAGGAAGACGUCCAAGUUCUGUUGGGAUUGCUGUGGACAAUGACAUGGGUGUUGAACACCUUCACAAGAUCACAAUAGAGAGAAGUGCAGAUUAAUUCGAGCAACCAAGGGUGAUGGAAUCAGCUCGCCAAAAACUCUUGAGCAAGAUCCGUUCUUGUCCAACAAGAUGAAGUCAAGGAGCACUGGAGCAGAGAAAUGGAAAGAAUAUCUGGCAAGGAAUGCUGGGGGAAUGAGAUGGAAUCUGAAGGCAGACGAACAAGAGAUCUUCUGGUGAGGACUUUGUCUGCCCAGCAACAGAGUGCUUGAGGGGACAUCCAAUGCCCUUGUAUCCGGUCUGCUUGCAAAUCAAGUAUCACUGUGAUAUGAAAGGCACAGCUGUUUCUGUUUGACAGCACCCAAUGGUUUUGCGGCUGCGCUUUGUGAGAGGAAAAUGUAGACGCUCCCUUAAGCCGAGUGAGCAUCACGGUUUCCACACCCCGAGGGAGGACAGGAGAUGGACAGGAGGGGGACACCGGCUUUCGACGUCAAAAGCUACGGGUUAUACGGAGUGUCAACACCGUGAAUAUAGGCUACAGCAUUACAGUGCGUCUUCUUCACAGCCUCUGCAU